AUGUCCACUGAAGUGGGUACGACAAGUACGCGCCGAAGCGCAACGGGAUAUCUGCCAAUCGAGAAUUAUGGAUUGAUUUGGAAUAUGCGAACUUGCGCAUUGGUGGGUAUCGAUGGUAGUAUAGAUUUUAUGUGCUGGUAAGCUUUCCUCAUGGUUUGCAGUACUUCGCAGGCUUCAAUUAGAACUCUUGAGGGAUGCGACUGAUUAAUGACACCCCCACAGGCCUGAUUUUGAUUCCCCUUCAAUAUUUUGCAGACUCCUCGACAAAGAUAAAGGCGGCUAUUUUAGUAUUUCACCUACCAAUAAUACGACCUUCACCACGAAGCAGCGAUACCUUCCAUCCUCGAAUAUCUUGCAGACACGAUACAUAUUGGAGGAGGGGGUUAUUGACUUGAUUGAUUUCUUUCCACGUCCAAAGGAGUUGCAUGUUGUCGCCAAACUCCCAAAGCAGACGCCGUUUUGUGAGUCUGUUGCCGUCCAAGACGUAUUGAAGAAAUGGCUGGUGAGAAGGGUGGAGUGCAUUCGAGGCAAACUUGAUCUGGGUACGUACUCUAUUGAUACCCUGAAUGACACAGCUUAGCUUCAUUAUAACCUUACUGAUGUCGGAUGUCUAGAUGUUGAGAUUUUCCCGGCUUUCGAUUAUGCACGAGGAGAACAUACCACCGAAAUCCUCCUUCCUAACCACCCCCCUGGAAGCCUCGAAAGCAAAACCGUCGUAUUUGCAUCCGAAAAUACCAGACUUCAAUUGGAUGUUACCAUCGAUCGUGGCGAGGAAGAUGUCAAAUUUUGUCCCACGGUUAUCUUUACCAAGAAACAAAAACCACACAUGAAGGGUGAUGGGGUAGUUGCACGCAUACGGUUACAAGAAGGCCAAGCUAUUUCUUUUGUUCUUAGAGAUGAUAUGCCAAAUCAUGUCACGCCAGAAGUACGACGGAAGUGCUGGAUCAACAACAACAAUCAACCCAAGAUUAUUGGUUCAAUUGGAUUUCGAAGAACAAAUACAAAGGUCGAUGGAGAGAAGUCGUGA